CAAGAAGCGGUGGGAAAUUUGACAGUGCGCGAAAGAUUGUUGUUCACAGUUUCACUCCGAGCAAACAUUAAUCGUGAAAAUACAAAUACGUACAUGACAUGGACCGGUACGUGUUGGUUAUAUCCUUCAGCCAAACGGAUGACGACCUAGCGGAGGAGUACUCAUGUCUGGAGCCAGUAAAGCAGAUGCAUGACAGACUUGUGGACAUCUCCACUCAGGAAUCAUCGAGAGGGAUCUCCGUGUUUCCAGCUUGUUCUCUCAGUGGCAGCCCUUCGAUUCAGAGGUGGUACUUCGCUGUUCAGGCUUGCCAAGGACUCACGCAGUUUUGCAGCUCGGACUGGGAGGAGCCGGGCUCAGGCCAUCAGAAAACUGAGAGUGGAGAGGAGAAGCCCACUGCUGUGGAGUCGUGUCUCAGUUCUCUGAGUACUCAGGAGGCACCGGACCAAAAGGCUGAUCAGCCGUCACUGACGGAGCUGUUGGAGGAGGCUGCAGAAGGACUUCAUCUACUGUCAGACAAGCUGCCACCUCCAGGUAAAGCCUUGCUGGAUGUGCUGGUGUUGGGCUCUGCCGUGCAGUCCCCUCCUAUUAAAGACCUGCUGCCUCUGCUGGGAUCCCUCAAACACAUGUCCCUCUGGCACGCUGCUGAGAUCACUGUCGUCACACAGCACACCACUGGUUGGCAGAAAGCAGCGUCUUACCUGAGUGCCAGUCUGGUGGAGCCUGGUGACCUACACACCUGUAUGGAUCCUAGAGAACUGUGGAGGGGCGGCCUGGUUAUCAGAGAGAAGAAGUAUGUGAUAACCCUGUUGUUUUUUUCUUCAUCCUCUCCUCUGUGUUUGUUUGUUUGUUUCCUUAUUUCGCUCUUUCUCUCCUCCACCCUUCUCUGUCUGUCUGUUCUGUCUGUGCAGGUCUUCCAUUACUACGCACCAGUUUUAGAUUUGGUUCAGAUGGUUAAUCUGUCGGACCUGCCCAGCUUUCUGAUGUCCACAACCCAGUUUGAACUAAGCGCGUCUGGGAAGUCGAUGAAAGCUAAACUUCUGUUGGACCAGUUGAAGUCGCUGUGUGGAAAGGUCGGAGCGUUGUUCAGCAUGUCCUGUAUAAUCACCCCCAUUGCUCAGCACGCAGCCAGCCAGCUCAGCUCGCAGCGCUGGAGAGAGUCUGUAGCCAGGAGACCAAAGUCCUUACCUGACUUGCCUGACGUAGAGCUGAAAGGUGAGAGUGCUCGCUACCUCCUCCUGGUCCAGGGCUCGGAGGACGUCGGGAUCGGAGGCUGCAGGGUCCGGAUGUUGCACUCAGACAGUCAGAUCAAUGGAGCGGCUGCCAUGGCAACCGUCUCAGGGCUGCUGAGAGAGAAGUCUCUGUCAUCAUCAUCAGGAGGCGCUGUCGGCAGCAUCUUCUACCCUCUUCCCUGUCUUCAAGGAGCCGGCCUGCUGAAGAGAGAGAAGAAGGUGGCCCAGGUUCAGACACUGGUAUUCCAAGAAUAUCUCAGACAAAAAGAAGAAGCGUCCGCUUCAACCUCAAUACCCAUCAAUGACCUGAAGGUCAUUCUGAGUCUGGCCAGGGAGCAGUAUCUGAAGAUGACUGACUCCACUCUGCCCUCUGCUGCCAACUGUCUGACAGACGAGGAGGAGAGCACAGCCGCCAACAACUCGGGUCUUCCAAACAUUUCCCACCUGCUAUCUGACUGGCCUGAGAGGAGUGUCCUCCACAACAUAGAGAACUUGCAGAGGAGAAGACAGAAGAGAAGAUUUGGUUUGUUAGGUCCGGGCUCCAGUGACAGUCUGCUGGGUCCUAAAGACAGUCAAAAGAGCUCCUCUGCAUUACUGGAUGCCAAAGAACUUCUAAAACACUUCACAUCUGAUGGCCUGCCCACUGGGGAUCUACAACUCCUGGCUAUCAAUAGAGGUAAUAACGUGUUUCAGUUGUCACCAGACCUUUCUCCCAGGAGAAUUAGCCAGAUGCCCUUCAACAAAGCCUCAGUGUCCCACUACCAUGGCAUAGAGUUCUGCCUGGACAAUCAGCGGUCCUUGGACCGGGACCAGGCCUUUGUAAAACUCCAGUCCCGUCUGAUUCGAUACGAGACCCAAACUACCUGCUCCAAGGAGCCCUGUGCCCUCCCGUUCGCCCUCAGCCCCGCCCCCUCACCUGCUGUGAUGUCAGAACCAGGAAGUGUGCCUGACGGAGAGACUCUGCAGAACGCUGAUGUAGCGCGACUCAAGCGCAGGUCGAGGGACACAGACAUUAUCGGAGGUUAUCCUCGCAAGAGGCUGGUGAAGUCAGAGAGCAGUGACUCCCUCUGUUCUCAGAGCAGUGGCAGCAGUGGGACACACCCUGCCAUUAGGUCUCUACGUCAACAGCCGAGCAGAUCUCAGUCCACAGCCUCAGGUUUGGUGACUCUUCCCCCUGCUGACAAACCUAAACCUCAGGAGCUGAAGAGCCAUUACGAAAAAGCAGAGGACAAACCUUCCAAAGAGUCACGCUCCCAGAAACACAACAGGAUGCUGCAGGAGGUAGUGGCUAAAGCGCUCAAACACCACGGGAUCACUGCCGAGCAUGAGUGCUUUGAGGCCUGCGGCAAAAGACUGUUUGAUAUCUCGAAAUUCUAUCUCAAGGAUCUGAAGACAUCUCGUGGUCUGCAUGAGGAGAUGAAGAAGGCAGCCAGCAGCAACGUCAAACAGGUCAUUGACUGGGUGUUGGAGAAGACUUCAAAGAAUUAAAGACUUAAAGAAUACGAGAGAGAGAAAAACUUCAUUUUUAUGUGAUUUAUUUUUAUUUUUAUUACAGCUAAAAGAAGGUUCCACCUUUUAUUUUACAUUUUUUUCCUAAGAGUGUUUACAUUUUAAGCCUUCUUGAUUAGUUUUGAAUUGUUACAUUAAGUCUGUUUUAAUGAAUGUAAUCCUUUAUUUAUUUUGAUCAUGUCUUCCACUAAGAUAAUCAUUUAGUGACAUAUAUUCUUUUUAGAUGUAUUAUUAUUUAUUUUUUUCAGUUUGUCUUUGUGCACAUGUCUUUCUGAUAUACUCCCACUGCUCCAGAGCCUUGAAACAGAAAAACAGAAACCUACUGAGACAGAAUGGACAUAGUGCCCUCUGCUCUCUGAGAGGCAACAAGGGCUUAAACGUUGGCUUCAAGUUGCAGUUGUCUUUUCUUUGUAGCUAUUUCCAAAUAGGAUUUUGAAUCCUUUCCCACUUCGUUCAUUUUGUUUCUAAAUACUAUAAUAAUUUCAUGGCUUUAUGAAUGUACA